AUGAACGGCAACCAUCCCACCACGGUGUACCUGAUCACCGAGCCCUCGCCGCUCAUUCUCAAUUCCAUGAGCGUGGCGGGCACGGCCACAGUGGGGGGCGUGGAUCCAUUGUUCAGUCAGGCCACCCCCACCCACCACCCGCCCCCUUUGUCGCUGUCGUUACCGCUGAGUUUGCCAGCGGGUGGGGGCAUGCCCGCCUUUAAAGGUCGUGGCGGCCCCUCUAACACGGUCACCUUAGAGUAUAGUGAUGUGAAUAAUCGGCCUUGUUUGGCCAAUCAGACCAAUCAUCCACCUCGGCCUUUAGUGAUGCCGGAAUGGCCCAAAACGCCGCAAAUCAUAAAGGAACUCCACGCCGGGCGGCAUUUUUGCGGGCUUUGCGGCAAAUCAUUGGCCAAUUCCUGGGGUCUAGUCACUCACAUCAAGACCGUGCACGGUGAGAAAACCUUUAACUGCGACCUUUGCACGCGAGCCUUCAAACGACCGGAUCAUUUGAACAAACACGUGCGCACCAUUCACACCACGCCCAAAACUUGUAGCCGCUGCGGUUUGGUGUGCUCGGGCAAAGAAGGACUCGUGCGGCAUAACAAGAGCCGAUCCUGUCAAGGUUUGAAAAAGGCCAAAAAAUAA